UCACGAAAUACUCUUUAUUCGAACGACACCGGGAUCUCUUGUUCAGUAGAUCACCAGCCUUUCUCCGACGUUUAUUACGAAUUAUUCGGUGACUCGGUGACAACUACAACUUUUUGUGUGUGGAGUGCGAAAAGAUUUCAAUUUAGUCUCACACCUACAAAAUUUUUGUUACUGGAGGAUAACAACUGCAUUGCAGGGAAUAUUGAAAUUUUUCCACCACAAAUUGCCGGACUAAUUAAAACGCGGGCGCGAACGAAGUGUUCACCUGAGUGAAAAAACAAAAAGAAAUAGAAAUAUAAAUAAUUAUAAUUAAAUAUUUUAAAUUUAUAAAUUAAAUUCACAACAACAACAAUAAUAAAAAAUGUCCUCGUCGCAAGCAGUACGCUCAUCGAAAUACUCCUACAGGGCCACCUCAACUGGACCGGGUGGAGCUGAUAUCUCCAUUGAAUACAGCGCCGAUAUGGCUGCCCUCUCACGCUUGGAGGAUAAAAUCCGUUUGCUCCAAGAUGAUCUUGAAGCCGAACGUGAGUUGCGCCAAAGGAUCGAGCGCGAGAAGGCCGAUCUCAGCGUGCAGGUCAUUCAGAUGUCCGAACGUCUUGAGGAAGCUGAAGGCGGCGCUGAACAUCAGUUCGAGGCCAAUCGCAAGCGUGAUGCCGAAUUAUUGAAGCUGCGCAAAUUGCUUGAGGAUGUGCACCUCGAAUCCGAAGAAACUGCCAUUCUUCUGAAGAAGAAGCACAACGAAAUUAUUGCGGAUUUCCAAGAACAAGUUGAAAUCCUAACGAAAGCGAAGUCCAGGGCUGAGAAGGAGAAAUCCAAAUUCCAGGCCGAAAUUUACGAAUAUCUCUCCCAAAUCGAAUCGUUCAACAAGGAGCGUAUUGUUACCAGCAAACAUGUUGAACGUUUGGAAGUCACCAUUUCCGAAUUGAAUGUUAAAAUUGAGGAAUUGAACCGCACUGUCAUCGAUAUUACAUCGCACAAGACCCGCCUGUCGCAAGAGAACAUUGAAUUGAUCAAGGACGUCCAAGAUCUCAAAUCCAACCUGGACGCUGUCUCAUAUUCCAAGAGUCAAGUUAUCUCACAAUUGGAAGAUGCUCGCCGCCGUUUGGAAGAUGAAGACCGUCGUCGUUCGAUGUUGGAAUCUUCCCUUCAUCAAGUUGAAAGCGAAUUGGAAUCGAUUCGCAUCCAACUCGAAGAAGAAUCGGAAGCACGUAUUGACUUGGAACGUCAGCUGGUCAAGGCCAAUGCCGAUGCUAUUUCCUGGCAAAACAAAUACCAGACUGAAGUAGCCGCACGCGCAGAAGAGGUCGAAGAGAUCCGUCGUAAAUACCAAGUGCGCAUCACUGAACUCGAGGAACAUGUUGAGUCAUUGAUAGUAAAGAUCAACAAUUUGGAGAAACAAAAGACUCGCUUGGCCAGCGAAGUGGAAGUUUUGAUUAUCGAUUUGGAGAAAUCGAAUAACACAUGCCGCGAAUUGACCAAGUCGGUAACUACCUUGGAGAAACACAAUGUCGAAUUGAAGAGCCGUCUCGAUGAAACAAUUGUAUUGUUUGAGACUAGCCAACGUGACUUGAAGAACAAGCAGCUUGAAUUGCAACGCACCGUGCAUGAAUUGGACAAAGUCAAGGAUGCUAACAACACAUUGGCACGUGAGAACAAGAAAUUAGGAGAUGAUCUCCAUGACGCCAAGGGCACACUCAACGAAUUGAACCGUCGCUUGCAUGAAUUGGAAUUGGAACUGCGCCGUUUGGAGAAUGAACGUGAUGAAUUGACUGCUGCUUACAAGGAAGCCGAGGCUGGUCGCAAGGCUGAGGAGCAACGCGCUCAACGCUUGUCUGCUGACUUCAAUCAAUACCGCCAUGAUGCCGAACGCCGCUUGGCUGAGAAGGACGAGGAAAUCGAGGCUAUUCGCAAGCAAACCGCCAUCGAAAUCGAACAAUUGAAUGCUCGCGUGGUUGAGGCUGAGACCCGCUUGAAGACCGAAGUACAACGCAUCAAGAAGAAGUUGCAGGUGCAAAUCACCGAACUGGAAAUGUCCUUGGAUGUGGCCAACAAGACCAACAUCGAUUUGCAAAAGGUUAUUAAGAAGCAGUCAUUGCAAUUGACCGAAUUGCAGGCACACUACGAGGAUAUACAACGCCAGUUGCAGGCCACUUUGGAUCAGUACAAUGUGGCUCAGCGCCGCUUGGCUGCCCUCAACGGUGAACUGGAAGAAGUCCGCUCGAAUUUGGACAGCACUGUGCGUGCUAAGCGCACCGUUGAAUUGCAGUACGAGGAGGCGCAGACCCGCAUCAAUGAACUGAGCAUCGUCAACGUCAACUUGGUGUCGUUGAAGUCGAAAUUGGAGCAAGAAUUGUCGGUUGUCGCCGCUGACUACGAAGAAGUCACCAAAGAAUUGAGAAUCAGCGAUGAACGCUACCAGAAGGUUCAGAUUGAACUCAAGCGUAGCAUUGAAAUUGUUCACGAGGAACAAGAACGUGUCGUCAAAUUGGAAACCAUCAAGAAGUCUCUGGAAGUCGAAGUCAAGAACUUGUCCAUCCGUUUGGAAGAGGUUGAGCUGAACGCUGUCGCUGGUAGCAAGCGCAUCAUCAGCAAAUUGGAGGCCCGCGUACGUGAUUUGGAAUUGGAAUUGGAGGAAGAGAAGAGGAGACACGCCGAAACCAUCAAGAUCUUGAGAAAGAAGGAACGCACCGUCAAGGAAGUCAUGGUACAAUGCGAAGAGGACCAGAAGAACAUCAUUUUGUUGCAGGAAGCUUUGGACAAAUCGGUUGCCAAGGUUAACUUGUUCAAGCGUCAACUGGCCGAACAGGAGGGCAUGUCCCAACAGUCCGUGACCCGCGUCCGCCGUUUCCAACGUGAACUCGAAGCUGCCGAAGAUCGUGCCGAAUGCGCCGAAACCAACUUGAACAUGAUCCGCGCCAAGCAUCGCACAUUCGUCACCACCUCCACCGUUCCCGGCUCCCAGGUCUACAUUCAGGAGACAACAAGAACGAUCACCGAAUAAAUUAUUCGCACAAAAAUAAAAUUAAAUAAACAAAAAAAAACAUAAAUCAAAUCAACUGAACAUUUUUAUUAUAAUUUUAAAGUUUAUGAAGUAACGGAAUACGGAAACAACAACAACAAUAAGAACAACAAAAAUGAAGAAGUUGAGGACCAACGACAACAGCUUCGGUCUUCAAGCCGCUCAUAAGCCUACAAUUAUGCUGCCAAGACAGUCCCGUAAACUCGGCAACGUAGCAGUUCAUGUAUUUUUAAUUAAUUAAAUGAACAACAAAUAAAUUAUCUAAACUAAACUAUGUCCUAUUUAAUUUACAUUUAAUUUUUGUUACCACUCAAAUUUUUUGUUAAAAGAGAAUUAAAAAAAAAUCAUGAAAAAAAACAUUAAAAAUAUUUAUAGAAUAUAAUUGAAAUUUUUCUAAAAAUAAAUGUAAGCUAUCCCAUUAAUACAAGCGAGAGAGAGAGCGCGCACAACAAGAAAAAACGGAAAAAAA